GGCCGGACGCAUUACGCCGAUUGGCCGAUUGGCGGGCCCUGAUUGGAUAGAGAAUGUGUCACUAAUAAUUUUAUGCGCCGCAGUGCGGCUCGGCACGGCCAGGCCGUGUGUCCACUGUUCCGCUCCCCGGUUGACAGGCAUGCCCAUUGGCAAGCUCGCAUAUCGGGCAGCUCGGGCGGGAAGGGAAAUGGCUAUCAUAAUUAUCCUCAUCUUUCCUUUCCCCCCCUUGCAUUGAUGUUUUUGUUUUGCCGGCGGAGCCCCAGUGGCGGUAGGGGAGCCGGGCCGUGCCAAUCGUGUUCCACCGCUGUGUUUUUGCCCCCAGGACUUUGCUGGUCGUCUUCGUCUUUGGUCGCGACUGUGCCCGUUGAGAGGGAGCGUGCUUUUGGACAGUUUUGACUGACGGGAAGGCUAUCGAUGGCCUAAGCAAACGAAGAGGCCCACAAUCUGGUGAAGCUGAAAGCGCCCGUGUGGACGCAGGCGCAGCUCAAGGAGGCGAUCCAGGCGGUGGUCACGCAGAAGAUGCGCUUCACGCAGGCCUCGACCAAGUACGGCAUCCCGAAGGGGACGCUGUACGAUAACAUUCUGGGCAAGUCCAAGCGCAUGAUGGUGCUGGACGAGGCCGGCCUCACGUCGGACGAGGAGAACGCCGUGCUAGAGUUCUGUUGCGAGAUCUCCAUCUCGCCGUUCAACCGGCGCACCAAAAAGAGCCUCCACGCGAUCCUCAAUUUCGUGGAGAAGCUCCGGCGGGCGCGCGACCCGGACUUUGAGUUCCAGGGGCUCUCGGGGUUCCGCUGGUGGUGGGCCUUUUGCAAAAAGCACAGCAUAGUGUCGCUGUACUUUGACUGCAGUGACUGAGAGACGCUCGCAUUCCCGUUACAACAAGCAUUCCACUCUCUCCAGUCCAGAGUUACCUGACCCCGCCCCAAUGCAUUGCCACUGCCGCGAAGAGUAUUACUUGCUGUGGCGCCUAGACAUACCUUUGGCUGUGUUGAAACCCCCCUUGCCUCUCUUGAUGUCCUCUCAGGAAUUUUGUUUUACCACUAGCAUGUGCCUUUGUGUAGUUGUAGUAGUAGUGAGUGUGCGCGUGUUCGUGUGAUAUGAUUUGGCAUGUAUGGCUAUUUUUCACUGGAUGUCAUUAGAGAAAUAGUUGUUGUUGACGAUUUCUGACUGAUUAUAACAAAUUUUGUGUAACUGUUUUUAUUCAUAAGGUUUUGUUAAAAGACUACUUAUUUUCAGAAAUGUGUUUUUCAUUUUUAGGAAAAAUUCUAUUGUAAAUGGACUUAAAAUAUAUGUACUAAGACGUGCGCUCGCAUCGCAAGGCUAGGCCUUUGACUUUUACAGGCUUGUUUUCAAAGCCAUUCAUUUGUGUGCCAUUUUGUGUUAUGUUUCAUGAAUUUUUACAUUUUUUAAAUCAGUCUGGUGUCUAUCAUGUACCUUAUUUAGUCUUCUGGCCCAAGCCUUGCGUCGCCGACGCUUAUGUUGUUCUUUAGAUAAAAAUUUUAAAAGUGAAUGCAUUUAUGUUUGUUAAAAAUGGAUGUGUUAAUACUCUUGGAAUUUAUUUAUUGUUCUUGGGAAUUAUGGAAUCGGCCGUUGCAUAUCGAGUUUAUUCGCAAGCUAUAUUUUAAUGUGUCGUUUUACAAGUCGUAUAACGUGUUAAGUGAAAUUCGGUCUAAUACAUAUUGUGCCGGCCUCAAUAAUUGUUUGCUCACUUAGUUAACAUAUUGCAUAAUUUUAUUGAAUUAUUGUUGUUUUGUCUUUAAAAGAGUACAACUACCAAGUCUAUGUAACAUAGUGUAGGUGGGCCUUCGAGGUGACCUCACAGGGUGCGCCCUAGUUGUAAGUGUGUGAGUGCCUGUGUUUGUUGGAGAUCGUGCCAUUUGGGACAAAGUGCCAGGUUUUGUGCCAUACAUUGGGCGAUGGGUCCGCGUGGGCAAGUUGGAGGUGCGGCGACAACACUUUUAGUGUUGAGUCUGGGUUUUCGAUACAGAAUGCGGGUCAUUUUGUUCCUGGACUCAGACUUUGUCACCUGCCUUUAGCUUUGUACAUAUUCAUAUUCCAUCUUUUAUUUUCAACUUGGAAACAGGAUGCAUUUUGUAACUGUCACUUUCUUGUGGAAUAUUUUUAAAAGAAAAAUUAGGAGUAUUUGCAGUGCUGAUACUUCUUGGAGCGGCUCUCUACGCGCUAACACUUGCUCCACCGGAGCCCAUCGCCGUCCUUGUUCCUCGAUCUCUGAGUAAUCCUGCGGGUACAAAACGUAGAGUCAAACCGUGUCACAGGUGGAGUGAAAGUGCGAGAAUGUGAGUGAGUGUGUGUAUGUGUGUGUGUCUGUAAACCUGAGGUGCGUGGCGCCUGUCGCUAGCAAGACUGAUGUCGGUUGAUUUUUAUUUUUACUAGAAAAGUUAAAAGUCUCUCUGGCGGGCUGGCGCCUACAUUCCGUGGCUUGAUUGUGAUGACAAAGACUUAUCACGCCCACCGAGGCACUGCCAUAUUUUCCAAGACGCACUAUUGUGCGUUAGCAUACGGUCGCAAUCGAGUCCAAAACCAUGUCGUUUUUAAUAUAAUUUUUGUAACUUUGGUAGUUUCCAUGCAUGACUUUUCUGCAAGAGGGAACUGGAUGAAAGCUGUGAGUCAGUACUGUGAGGCAAUUUGUACUUCUUUCUUGUUUUAGAAAUAUUUUUUGUUAUUGUUUAAAUGGAGGAUUAGAAGGCUGAUCAGUCACUAGUCGGAUCCGCAUUUUCUUAACAUGCCAUAUGUUGCCAUAUUUGGACAUGUUUUGUCCUCAGUCCUAGACGCCUGAUAGAACAAGUAAGGAUAAGAUACGGACUGUUAGUUUUCUUAGCUGCUCUGUCCUGUUUGCUUUUCGUCUCUCACAAAUCAAAAGACGUCAAAAUACUGUGAGAUAAAUCUUCAGUUUUCCUUUCUGUGUUCUUUUUAUUGCCGGUAACAUAUCACAUGGGUCAAUCAUAAGUUUCUUUUUUAUUACCUUUAAUGUGCCAUGCAACAACGAAAAAUUUGUUUCGAUGCUAAACUUUAUAGUGUUUAUUACACAGUAAUUAAUGUGUAUGCCAUGAUCACAAGACAGUCUUUUUAUUUAAUUUUUACCUUUUUGAAAUAUUUAUUUGUAUUGAGUCAAAUUGUGUGUGGAAGUCAGGAAAGAAAAAUGACUCUGUUGUGCAAUGUUUCACAAUCAUUAAGAUUAUUAAAUUAUAAUCGGUGAGCAUAAAAUGAACUGGCGAUGUGACAGCCGACGGUUGGCGUGUGAAUACCUCGAAACUGUUGAUUAACACGCUAACAUUUGAUAUUACCAUGACACGUAUUGCAUACAUUGUGCUGUUCUUUAUGUAUUAAAUGACAUUGGAGAGUCAUGGUUGUGAUUAGUUCUUAUGCUGUCCCCUUCUCCUUUGUACAUCCUGAAAAACGGCUUCGCCUUGCAUAUUCAAGUAGCAUUGUGACGAAAUUGUAUCCGUACACGAAUAAAAGAAACUUCGUUAUGUGGAAAUCA